AUGUAUCUACCGCGUUCCCUCAUCUCGAAGCUGUACUUGCACCUGCAAAGCACAUGCCACCCGCUCUCGCCGCCCGUUCUCAUCCUCGUCGCCCUCGAGCCCGACGCCCUCUGCGGCUGCAGAAUCCUCACGCGACUCUUGAAGAACGACUACAUCCCACACAAGAUCCAACCUGUCGCCGGCUAUGGAGACCUGGAACGCAUUGGCAGGGAACACGUGAGCCCCCUCAUGGCACAGAAUGGUGGUGCCGGAGGAGUUGUUGUGUGCCUCGGGGUUGGAGGCAUGGUCGAUUUGGGCACGGUGCUUGGCCUUGAGCCCGAGGGCGAGGAGACGACAUUCGGUGGCGUUGAGGUCUGGGUCCUCGACUCACGACGGCCCUGGAACCUGGGCAACGUGUUCGGCUUCCCGCUCGAACCCGACGUCGAAGGCGGAUCUAGUCUUCAGACUCGAACGCCCAUCGGCGUCACGGGUGGUCGAAUCGACCGCGCAUAUAAACCUGGCAAGGGGGGAGUGGUGGUUUUUGAUGACGGCGACAUUGAGGACGAACUCGGCCCACAAAGGAACGCGUAUAUGGCGCUUAUGGAGAUGCCUGAUGUGGAAGACAACGGUGAGGACCUGGGCGACAGUGAUUCGGAAAGUGAGGAGGAAGAGGAGGACUCGCUCCAGUCAGCACCGCGGGCUGGUCAAAAGCGGAAAUCUUGGUCUGACCCAGACGAGGACGACGACAGCGAUGAGGAAGAAGACCGGCCACGCCAAAGGAGGAGAAGCAAUUCUUCCACUCCCAUACCUGAGUCUCCGCAGCGGCCGAAACAGCGUGGGUUGUUGUCCUUGCGCGACCAAGCCCUCAUGUCCUCGGAUGGCCUGGAUGAUGAUCCGCCUACCGCUGCACAGCCCCCAAAAGCACCUUCGGCACGCACACUCAGGAGACGGCUCCUCCGUUUGAGGCGAGAGAACGAGACCAUUUUACGAGACUACUACCGUAUCGGAGCGUCGUACUCGGAACCCAUCUCGUCCAUGGUUUAUUCUUUGGCGUCGGAGUUGGGCCGCGAGGACAACGACAUACUCUGGCUGGCGAUCGUCGGCGUCACAUCCAUGGAGCUGUAUGGGCGGUCAUCGGCUGGCGUCGCAGUACCCAUGAGGAAUUCCGAAUCUAAGAGCACAUCGGGAUGGCUAGGCAUGCGCGGCGCCAGAAUACGCCAACUGCUGCGCGACGAAGUGCGUCGUCUCAACCCUCCCGCGCUUGAAAACGCGAGUGGUAGGGUAGCUCCAGAAGCCACAGGAGUCAUACCCACAACAGCAAGGAGUCCUGAAGACAUGAGCAUUCGCUUAUCUCCUGAGCCACGAUUCCUCUUGAUCAGACACUGGAGCCUCUACGACAGCAUGCUGCACUCGCCUUACAUGUUCUCUCGGCUGAAGACGUACAGUGAAAAUGGGCUCAAACGUCUGCACAAGCUCCUCGCCAAGAUGGGCGUCAGCCUCAUCCAGUGCAAGCAAAGUUACACGCACAUGGAUAUGAUGUUGAAGCGGGAGCUGCGUUCAAAGCUUCUCAAAUACGCCUCGAUGUAUAAUCUUGAUGACAUGGUGCCUACCGUUGAGUCAGACGGUAAGGAUCGCGGGGGUGCCAAAGACGGCUGGGGCUUCGUCCGGAGCUGGGGCUGGCGUGCCACAUUGAGCGCGCAGGACAUCGGCGUGGUCAUCGGAGCUCUCCUGGAGGUGGGCAGGCAUGCUUCUCUGCCCAGCUCCGUUUCUACGGACGGAGCAUCUCAGCAAAGCGUCGACGAUGGCGCCGAUCAAAUCGCCGCGCAGGGCGAAGAGUGGGUCUCCAGGUUCUGGGAUGCGUACGAUGCGCUUGAAGACGUCGAAGCACUCAAGGCUGGUCUUCCAACGGCCCAGUUCCUGCACAAAGCCAUUUUCAACACCGGCACCGCUGUCUUGAAGAAGAAGCAGAUAUCGCAUCUACGGGCGUUCCGCAUGUGCAUCGUCAAGGACAGCGCAGAAGCGUCGAUAUUCAACCACCCAGGGGCGCUCACCAAACUCUCACUCUGGAUCGGCGAGGCACUCUCGGAGCAGGAGAAGGACUCCACUGGAAAACUCGCCCACGCCGGGCGCGGCACCCCUUUGGUAGUAGCUAGCCUGAACGAGAAGCGAGGUGUGUACAUUGUAGUCGGCACUGGCGGUGGUGGCGGCCCAGACAUGGCGUUUCUGGACAGGGAGGCGGCCAAGAAGAAGGAGCAGCUCAAGCAGGAAAAGGCAAAGGCAAAGGAGCAGAGCAGGCAGAACAAGCAGAAGAUUCGCGAGCAGCAGAGAGCUGCAAAGCGGGCGGCCGGGAAUGACGACGAUGAUGAUCUAGACGAUGAGACCGAGUCGGAGGGCUCUGAUGCGUCGGACUCGGAGGACGAGGAUGACGACGACGACGACGAGCCCCGCGGCAAGGGCUUUGGGCUGAACCGGUUCGGCGUGGCGUUCCAGGACGUCGUUGCCGAGACCAACGCGCGCGUCAGGAUCGACAGCUUCGAGCAUUGUGUCGUGGAGGUGAGGAAGGACGACCUCUCCGGGUUCCUGGAGAGCCUGUCCUCGAAGGCGGUGGUCGGUUAG